GUUCCAUAUGUGCCAUCUGGUCGCAAUGUAUAUGUAUGUGGUCAGUUGAUGACGCUUCGAAUUCCAUAUCUACGAAAGGCCUUGACGAAAGGCUAGUCGUGCACAGGCGCGACCUCCUUGGACAUACAUGGACAUUGUACAUUUUGGCCUAUUCCAGUCGACAGCUGGAGUUUGCCCAGCAGCUUCUCUCGGAUUGUUGGAUUCUCAGACAGAUACAAGAUGGACGCUCCUUGCAUCUCAGGGACGGUUCCAAAACCUUACGUCACUGAGAAGGAGGUGGAGCAGCUGCUAGCUAGGCUCUACUCCCUCCAAGCUAUCCAGAUUAAAGAACUGCCCAGUUACGAAGACAGGACAUUUUUCUUGAGGACGGUACCCGACAAAGGGCUCAACGGACAGACCCAGUUCAUCCUAAAAGUCCUGAACGCUGAGAUAACCUCGCAGCUCCCCAGUGCCGUCGCAGUGCAGAUGGAGAUUUUGGACUACCUAAAGGGAUUUCCGCAGCUGAAAUGCCAGGUUCCAGUGACGACCAUGGAGGGCAAACUGCUAAGUUAUGAGAUGCUUAGGAAUGACUGGAAAAAUGGGGAUGGUGUGGUCAGACAUCAAGAUGCCUUGUCAGCAGUGCGAAUGUUCUAUUAUCUUCCAGGGCAAUCCUUGGACAAUCUGGCCCCAUUGCCACCCCCAUUCUUGUACAAAGUGGGUCAGCACAUUGGUCAUUUACAGCAGGUGUUACAGACUUUCCCGGGUGAUAUUGAGCCACUGAAACAGAAAGAGAAAGUGUUCUCGUGGUCGUACAGGAACUUGCUGCAUGUCAAACAGCACCUGGGCGUGGUGGAAGAUCCUAGGCAGAGGGCGCUGUUGGAAGAUGUGCUUGAAGUGUUUCGGAAGAACGUGGUUCCCAUACUAGGAGAGUUAAGGAAAGGCAUCGUGGUUCACGACUGUAACAACUUCAACAUAUUGACCACAGUAUGCGAAGCAGGAUGUAACACUGACCAAGCUGAAGAGAGGAUGACGCGUGAUUUCCAGAUCAGUGGCGUCAUCGACUUUGAUGAAACGAUGCACGCGGCGUUGGUUAAUGAGAUCGCCAUCUCUAUGAUGUAUCUGAUGCUGUGCUGCGAUGAACCACUGGAAGGCGCUGCCCACCUUCUCGCUGGGUUUGAGUCGCGCUCUCCUCUCCCUCAGCGGGAGCGCGGCUUGUUGCGAGUUUUGAUCGCCGGAAGAUUCGUUCUCUCGUUGGUAUACAGUGUGCUAUUGGCCAAGCUGCACCCCGAGAAUGAUUACCUGACUAACACCCAGGGCAAGGGAUGGAAAUGUCUGGAGCUUCUUUGGAAGCAAGGCGAAGAAGACCUCAUGAAUUAUUGGGAUCAGAUUAGACAGCUCCAUGGAUAAAAAAGUGGAAAACCAUCAGUCUCAGUCUCAAGAUACCUCAGUAGUCACUAACCUGCGCUGCCACUGCCAAACAAUGACUUUAAAAAAGUCACUCACUGGUAAACUGUCCAAUUUGAAAUAUAUCUGGUUGGCACAUACUCUUAAAAAGGCCAUUUCAAAAUUAAUUUUUAGGUUCACAUCACUUAGACUGGAACCAAAUCCUUCAGGAGAGGAAUUUAUAUUUAUAUUCAAAUACGGGAGGCGUCAUCGUUGUUAAUCGGGAGCCGUGACAGCAGUGGCGUGCUAUGGGCAUGCGUCUCACACCGGUUGCUGGUUUAAAGUUGUGCAAUGAGUUGGUGAGAAAUGUGUCUAGAAAAAAAGUCAUGGUGGUCAGUGAUGAGAACAGCAAAUUGAUUUUAAAUGGCCGAAGAUGAAGUGGCUUGCCAUAUAAUUUUAGCUGUCCUCCAACACAAAACAAUGGAACAGCGCUUCAAUGGGCACAUCAGCUUGAGGAACGUGUCUAUAUUUUUACAGUUACAAUCUAAACGACUGAAACGUCAGUGUUUUGCAGUUCGUAUUCUAAAUUUAUUGACGGUGUACCAUGUGUGAGGGGAGUUCUGGGAACGACCUUCAGAUGUGUGUUCUGGAAAUAAGGUGGGGUCGGUCUCAAGAAUUGAUAGGGUCACCGUAUUGUAACUUUUGGCGCCAUCUACCAAUUUGAGACAAGAUGCUACUGUCACUCUUUGAGCAUUGUGACUUUACUGUGAGCCCAAUUUUUUCUCUUUUACCAACUGGUAAAACUUCUUUUUUUAUAGACACGCACAUCAGUAUGUGAACAAAAUCCCCCCCCCAAAAUUAUGUACCCCAAAAAAGUACUUAUUUUGUAAAAAUUAAGUUUCAAGGAGAAAGGUAGGCCUACUCAAAGAGCACUUGGCUGAUUCCUUUUUGAGUGUACCUUUUUGUCAUAAAAAAUUAAUUUUUCUUAAAAGGUGAUGUGUGAAGUUCAUAUAAUCAUUCAUAUAAGUUUCUGCUUGGUCCAUUUUUUUUCUGCUAGCUUUGUUUCCUCACCAAUUCAAUAGUUGGUAGAGAACUUGGUACUUAAAAAGUAUUCAACUAUAACACAAGGCGUAUGCUAUGAGAUCUCAGGUAGACUCGAUGUUUUAGUGCAAAUUUUAAACUACACAUGUAUGCUAUGUGCCUGUGUGUGAACCUAACAUAUAUGUGUGUAGCCAGUUGUUAGAAACCUGAGAAUGUACGGGUACUGUCAAUGUCAUAAAUUUUAGACUUGUA